AUGUCUAGCUGUUAUAAUUAUAAUCUCGACAACGUUUUUAAAAGAUUUCAAGUUGUAGAAUUCCCAAUAUCCUUUGUUGGAUUGUCCACAAAACGUGAGUUGGACGUAGAAAUCGAUCUCAUUCAUUCUGCAUAUCUCAAAACAUUCUGCGAAGGAACUUUAAUGAAAUUUCAUGACGCAUGUGAAAUAUCUGCAUCACACAGAGCGUUUGAUAUCAUCCCUAUAAACAGUCAUACAAUAGAAAUAACUUUCACUCCUAGAAAUGAAUGUAUAUCUAAGGCAAAACAUGGUAAAAUAUUUGAUAAUAGAUUUGUGUUUGACUUAAGGUUAAUAAGAGUCGACGGAAGUCGCUGUUGUUACGACGAGUCACAUUCAGAAGUUGGAAGAUACUAUAUCAGUGGCCAGUUUGAAAAUUGUAAAGUAUUCCACACACCAGAAACAGUGAAUUUUGGAAAUGUUGUUAUAAAUUCGAGAACAACAAAAUACAUAAGAAUAUGCAAUCAAUCUAGCUUAAUGCGCGUUAAAAUGCAGUACAUCAGAGUUCCGGGGUUUGACGUCACGCCUGAAAUUUUCACUAUUCCACCAAACAAUUCGACUAAGAUUUCCGUCACAAUAAGACCUACAUGUCUGAAAAUUAAAAAUGCUAUUCAAUUCAGAAUUAUAAAUCCACAUGAUAAUUUUGUGAACAACGCGCAACAGAAUUAUAUCACUUACGCUGUACAUUUUAAGUUAAAUGUUAUUUAUCUAACAAAAUCGCCGCCUAAACAAACUGUUGAAUCAAUGCACAUAUUAAAGGACCAGAAUGCUAGAUAUACUUAUAUAGGCAACGAAGUUUUAGUAAAACAAGAACGCAAAAAGCAGAGUUUAAAAUAUCUUGAGAUUUCGAAAAAAAUGCACGCGAAUAAGCCUAUUUUUGAAAAAUACACUACAGAUAAAGAAGAAUGUCAUAUAAGUUGUACUUGCAAUAACUUAAAAAACUUCUGCCAGAGAACGGAAGAAAAUAUUUCGCUGUAUGAUCUUUUCCAUAUUAAAUGUUUACCAUUUUCUAUUGAAUUUGGGAAUGUUGGUUUAUCUACCUUUAGUGAUAAACCUCUAUUGAUACAAAAUAAUACAAAAUACUGUAUUGUUCUAAGUUUUUUAAAAGAUAACUGCAUAUUGUAUACAGAAAAUAAAAUAGAGACAUACAAAAUGAAACUAAAACCAUUUACAGAACAAAUUGUAACCAUAUUUUGUUCAGGAUACAUGAAAGGAAAUUUUGAUGGCACUUUUGAAUAUGUCAUAAAUAAAAAGUAUUAUAGAAAACAUCCUUAUACACUACAAGUGGAUAAUCCAGCAUUAAUGGUCAAUGAAAAUUGCUUGAAAUUCGGAAUGGUAACGACUGAAAGUUUUAUUACUUCGGUGCCUUUAAGGUUAUAUAAUAAUUUUAAUUUACCAGUUGAUUUUAUAUGGGAUGAAUUACUACCAGAUACUCCAUUCGAGAUCAUACCAAAAGCGGGCACGAUUUUAAAACAUUCUUGCAAAAUAUGUGAUGUUAUUUAUGUUUGUAAAGCUACAAAAACGAAAACCCAUGAGGUUAAUUUAUUAUCUGUGAGCACACAAACUAAAACUAUACCUCUUGAAUUAAGCAUAAUAACACGUAAGCUAUCAAUAAAAUUUUUGCAAACAGCUGUAUUGUUUAAAGAUAUCGCAUUAAAUCUGGAAACCAUUGAAACAGUAAAACUUGAAAAUUCAUCAAGAGAGAUUGCUUUUUUUCACGUUGUAGAACCUUGUUUUCCUGGUUUACGUAUAGAACCAAUGUUUGGUUCCAUAAGGCCUAAAAUGGUAAUGAAUUUAGAUGUUAUUGUGAAAAUCUCAUGUAUUUUAGAAUUUUCUUUGGACAUAAAUGUAAAAAUAAACAAUAAAGAAAAUAUGAUAUUACCUGUAAGUGGAAAUGUGGUAGAACCAAAGAUAUUAAUCCACCCAAAGAAUAUUUAUAUGGCUCGAAUACCUUGUUUUAUGAUAACAUACGUGCCUAUAAUAUUUCAAAAUAUCAGUAACUUAAAGACCGUUAUAGACGUAUUAGAUACAGGCGACGAAAAUAUAUUUAAUGUGUAUGUAGCUCAAGGAAACGAAAAAAAAAGAAUAUUUAGAUUUAUAAUAGAAGGAGGCCAAUCUAAGACUGUGUUUUUAAAAAUCUAUGAUAUAUUUCGACGAGAAUAUGAAAUGUAUAUUCCUUUUAAAAUAAAUGACUUAUUAGGACCACCAAACAAUGAAACUAACUCAACCGAAAUAACAUAUUAUGUACAAGAUUAUGAGAAGUUAUACGAAAAUAAUAUGAAAGUGAAAAAAAAACCUGUUACUAAGGAUAUAUCGUUUUGUCGGAUAACAGGUGUAAUUACAGUACCAUGGAUUCACCUUUCAGUUGAUAAAUUUGAAUUAAAUUUCGUACCAAAUGGAAAUAAUACAUUAACUUUUACUAUGUCUAAUGUUUCUAAAUAUUACUUGCAUGUAACUAUUCUAACAUCCAAACUUCCUCCUUAUUUUACUUUAAAUAUGAUACAAACUUCAGAACAUCAGUCUGUAGAAAGCGAAAGUCAAAUUAAAUUUGAAUUAGACCGUGAGCAAGAUGCAAUUUUUUCUUUAAAAUUUCAUCCUAAAGGACAUGGCAAAUUUGUAUCUGUGGCCUUAUUAUAUCUAGAUAAAAAUAUGACUAUCCCUUAUUACAAUUUAAACUUUGUUGGCAAAAGACAGGCUCCGGGUAUGAUUCCAGAUACAUAUAGAAUUAUUUUCCCACCAUGUGAUAUAGAACAACAAGUAGUUCGAAUAUUCAAGAUUAAAAUGGAAGGAGAAUCUGAGAAAGAACUUUUUUCUUGCAAUUCCAAAGAAGAACCAAAUCUAACAGUGGAACUCAUGAAUGCUGAUAUUAUUGAAGAAGAAGAAAACAAUUUUACUGUAGUAACUGUGAAAAUUUCAGUUUCUUGUAAAACAUGUUAUGCGCGUAACAUAAUAAUAAAAUUUGAACAUAACAAUGGCUCGGGAUGUGAAGUAGAAGUAUGUUUUUGUUUUAUUAAUUGUGCAUUAACUUUACAUACACAAGAUUUAGUAAAACCUGACGAAAAUCCUUACCCCUACUAUCCACUAAGUACUCAAAAAGGUUUGUUUCACUAUAUGGAAACAUGUGUAGCAUUUCUAGAGAAGUGGAUGUUUCAACAAGGAUUUCGCAGAGAUUUGUAUCCAAAAAUUCCAGACACAUUCCACGCAAUCUCGUCUGCUAUUUCAUCUCAACAAGGUGCAAUCAAAUCAAAAGGACUUAACGUUUCAUAUUUAAAUUUUAUUAGAAGAAUUGCUGGACCGUUAAUGAAACACGUCCAUAAAAUAAGUGUCACUGGAGUUGACGAUUCAUUUAAAUAUGUUAAAGAAAUACAUGACACAUACAGAGAAAUAAUACACUUAUUGAAAUCGCGGGGAGCAAACUUAUGGAUCUUACAGGCAAAAUUUCUGUUAAGUUACGAUCAAUUUAUUGUGUAUUCAGAAAACGUUACCCCGAAAUGUAAUGCCGAUAUUAUCUUUACCCAGGAGCUCAAAGACAAUGUAACACUAUUUAACAGACUAAAUAAACAAAGUUGGUUUGAUUUUAUUCUGCAAAGCUACAAAGUAUUCGUGGUGGACAGUUGUUUUUUUGAGUGUAAAUGCCUGAGUUCUGAACCUAGAAAUAUUGUUAAGAUAUUAAUUGAUUGGUAUAAUGAAAAUAUUUUAGUACAACAUCAAAAGCUUCGAGGCCGAGACAAAUUAAUUAAAGUUGUUACAAAUCUAACUACAGAUUUAUCUAAUGGCAUCGCUUUGAUAUCUGUAAUUUUGAAUUAUUGUCCAUUUUUAGAAGAUCAUUUUCAUUCAUUCAGUGAAGUAAGUGAAAAUUGCCACGAAGGUGACAUCAUUAACAACGCAUGCCUUAUAAUAGAGGCAACAAAUUUACUGAGACUUUAUUUUCCACUAAAUAGUGAAGACUUUUUAAAUCCAAAUUUUCUACACAUGCUAUUUUUGUCCAUACAUUUAUAUGUCACGUUACCAAUGUUUAACCCAAAAGAUACUGUUCAUUUUAACCCACCUCUAUUAAGGAGUUCAUCUAGACAACUUGCAAUCAAUCCUACAAGUCAAGAAUCGUUGAUAUUUAAUUAUAUACUAUUAAACAAUAUGAAAAAUAAUUUCAUAGUUGAGAAAGCGUCGUCCACCGACAAUGGCAAGAAAAUACAUCUUACCGUUAAAUAUAUCGCAAAUUUUGUUAAAAAUGAUGCAGCGAUACUUUUAAUACAUGGAUACAACAAAACAAGGAUAUUCGAUACUUACAUAAUAUUCUUACUUCGUGGAGAAGUAGGAUCGCUUUAUCCGAUUAGGAAAUGUAAAGUAACAGGACCUUUAUAUAGACCAAACAAAGUAGACAUCUUGGUGGCAUCGCCUUUUUUACUCACAACGGUGUACAAUUUAUAUUUAGUAGAUGACGAACCUACUUUACCAAUCACUUUUGAAGAUAGCUCAAAACCAAGAUUUUGCGUACAGCGACUAUGUCUUAUAGACAAGGAAAUUACACUAAUUGGUAUGCCUAAAGAAACUGGACAGGAAAUACCAGAUCACAAGCUGCACUUUCAAAUUAUGUGUCUAAGCACGCAAACAGGUAACUCGUGGGUAUGGUUUAGAAGUGAGAUCGGAGAGUUUUUUGUUCGAGUAACAACACAACCUCGCUGGGACUUGGCUAUAGACACUUUACAGUCAAAAGUACAUACAUGGCCAAUAGACCCUUGUAGUUGCGGUGAGGCCUGUGAAUGUUAUAGAACAACUGUAUUGAUGGUUCCACAUCAAAACGAACUAACUAUCAAAUCAUUACGAUACGCCCUUGUUGAAAAUGCUUCAGAGGUCAUGAUUCAAGUUUUUGACCAACUUAUAGAGACAGCUACGGGUAAAAUAAUUUUGCGUAUGCUACUGGAGGAAGGUGGCACUAAUAUGUCUGAAGUGGAGCAUAUACUACGCAGCGACACAACGUAUCGCAUUACAUCAAAGGCUCUCAUCCCUCGACUAGAUAGAGUGACAUUGGCUCAGCAUACUGCGGCGUUCUUAGCACUGCCUAUUACAUUGCCCGCACAAGACAAAGCUGAAAAAUAUACCGUCACAUUCACAUCUGAGUGUGGUAUGGACAUACGCACUUACAGAGUAAUAUUUAUCGAGUAUUUUAACGAGUAA